AUGUCCAUUAUUACCACGGAUUCUGUAGGUCUGGAACUGAACUCUUUUAUAAAACAUUUUGAGCCCUUAUAUUAUGAUAACCAUAAGCUCCGGAACCAACACUCGAGGGUUAAACGCAAUCUGAAUAGUAAUAUGCCGUCAGUGAAGGGCUCGGCGGCCGACCAUCACAUAAACGGCACAACACAUUCCCGGCCGCCGCCGACGGCCGGCGCCACAAACGGCCGCCACAGCCCUCACAACGAGAUUCGGCUCAACUUCUCGGCACACAAUCGUCUCUUCCGUCUUGUGAUGAGAGCCGAUAACUCGCUCUUCACGUCGGAUGUGGUCUUCGAGUCCACCACUAAAGGGGUCUUCAAUUACGACACCAAUAAUGCCAUUAAAGGAUAUUUAGAGGACGUCUAG